CAGAGUAGAUGUCAAUUGAAGAGAGGUUAAAGUCCAACUUUGAUUUAGUUUUACAAGUUUAAACUUACAAAUUACAAAAUAUUCUAUUUGUUAUAAUAGAAUAUUUUGUUUUAUUUAACCUUUUUGUGUUUCGUUUUAAUCGUCAAAAGGAAAGAAGCAGCUAUGGCAUCUCAAGUAGCGAAAUCUUUUCUAAAAGCGCACUCAACAACUGCUAAGUUUGACACAGCAAGACGAGCUCUUAGCGUUGGCGCUGCUCUUCAACAGAGGAAGACGUUGCCAGACCGUACUGGAAAAAAUAUAGUGCUCGUAGAUGGAGUCAGGACACCUUUCCUUGUAUCUUUCACCGAUUAUGCCAGGAUGAUGCCUCAUGAACUAGCGAGACAUGCUCUGCUUGGUCUCCUACAAAAGACGGGUAUAUCAAAGGAUAUAAUUGACUACAUAGUAUAUGGCACUGUCAUCCAAGAGGUGAAGACGUCGAAUAUCGGGCGGGAGGCAGCCCUAGCGGCGGGCUUCAGUGACAAGACCCCGGCUCACACCGUCACCAUGGCCUGCAUCUCCUCCAACCAGGCUAUAACUACUGGCAUAGGCAUGAUCGCGGCGGGCGUGUACGACGUGAUAGUGGCCGGCGGCGUGGAGUUCAUGUCGGACGUUCCGAUCCGGCACUCGCGCAAGAUGAGGUCGCUGCUGCUGCGCGUCAACCGCGCCAAGACGCCCGCGCAGCGCCUGUCGCUGCUCGCCACCAUCAGGCCUGACUUCUUCGCGCCUGAGCUACCGGCUGUGGCGGAGUUCUCGUCGGGGGAAACGAUGGGCCACAGCGCGGACCGGCUGGCGGCCGCGUUCGGCGCCUCGCGCCAGGAACAGGACGACUACGCGCUGCGGUCGCACCGCCUGGCAGCCGCCGCCCAGGAGAAGGGCUACUUCACCGACUUGAUACCAGUUAAGGUGGACGGCAAGGACGGGCUGGUGGAGAAGGACAACGGUAUCCGCGUGUCGACGCCCGAGCAGCUCGCCAAGCUGAAGCCCGCCUUCGUGAAGCCGCACGGCACCAUUACCGCCGCCAACGCGUCCUUCUUGACUGACGGCGCGUCAGCUUGCCUCGUGAUGACUGAAGCCAAGGCGAAGGAGCUCGGUCUUAAACCCAAGGCCUACCUUAGGGACUUCACGUACGUCGCACAGGACCCCGUCGACCAGCUGUUGCUCGGCCCCACCUACGGCAUCCCCAAGAUCCUGGACAAAGCCGGUCUGAAGAUCAACGACAUCGACACCUGGGAGAUACACGAGGCAUUCGCGGGUCAAAUCCUGGCCAACUUGAAAGCGAUGGACUCUGACUGGUUCGCGCAGACGUACCUCGGUCGCCAAACUAAGGUGGGCACCCCAGACCUCAACAAGUGGAACAUGUGGGGUGGAUCACUCUCCAUCGGACACCCGUUCGCCGCCACCGGGGUCCGCCUGGCCAUGCACACCGCUAACCGGCUGGUCCGCGAAGACGGACAGAUCGGCGUGAUCUCGGCCUGCGCUGCCGGCGGACAGGGCGUCGCCAUGCUGCUCGAGAGGCACCCGGACGCGACACCCAACUAAAUGUAUAUAUAUCUAAUAUAUACAAUCACAUUAUGGCGCUGCGCAUAGGCGACUAGCCAUAUCACGAUUGUGCCCAUGUAACACUGGACACAGAAAUUGUGAAUUCCCAAGAUGGAUAACGAUAAAUAUGUCCACUUUUGCGAAGCGCCUUAGCUUUCUCUCACAGCUCGAUUACAUAAAUGACAAAUUCCUCAUUUAAAACGUUCAUUGAUCUGUUCUAUAUUCAAAUUUAAUGUUGAAUCGCGCGUUCGCGCCAUCAACGAUAAAUUACAGAAAGCAAAUUAUAUUUUUUUUAUUAUCGUCAUUUUAUUUGGCCAUAGACAAACCUCAUUGUCUCAUAAUUUUUAUUGUUAUUAUUUAUUUGUUGUAUCAUUACAUGUAAAUUAUUAAAUUCUCUUUUUCAUUACAUACUGAGUAUGACAAUACUAGUACAAAAAUAUUUUAAAUGGCCCAUCCCAUUGAAUAAUUUAAAGGUAACCAAAUUAUAAGGUUCCGUAAUUUGACCAAAUCGUGCUCUUAAAAAUCAUUUAAAUCUAAAUAGUAUCUCUAAAUUUAUUAUUUUAUAUAAGGAUCUGCUUAUUAUCGCAGUUGAACUGUGUGUAUAAUAUAAAACUCCAAUUAUACCCUUUUAGAUUGUAAUUAAUGAAAGAUAACAAAAAUCAUGGCUGUUCUUCCAGAUUCGUAGAUAAAAGAUUUUGUAUGCUCUGCUUAAUCAGUUAGUUGUCUGCGUGAAAGUAUUCUAGUUACACAUUUUUAAUUGUUAAUUUACCAAGGGUUUUAUUUAUUUUCAAUGUAAUUUUUUUAUAGUUUAUGUAGCAUUUUAGAAUAAGAACAUUUUCGAAUCGGCGUCUGUGUAUAAUGUAAUGUUCCCAAAUAUGUUAGUUGCUAAGCGUAUUAUUGCUGUUUUUGUAAAGGUUUCUUUUACAAAUAUAAAAUUAUAUUUCUAA